AUGCUUCCGGCCUCUCCACAGCAGAAUGGGGUUGCUGAGCGCCGCAUUGGCUUAGUCAUGGAGGUCGCUCGUACCUCCAUGAUCCAUGCGGCUGCCCCCCAUUUUCUGUGGCCGUUUGCGGUCCGGUACGCCGCGCAUCAGCUCAACCUCUGGCCCCGUGUCUCCUUGCCGGAGACCUCGCCCACGCUGCUGUGGACGGGGAAGGUUGGCGAUGCGUCGCGUUUUCGGGUCUGGGGUGCUCGUGCCUUUGUCUGCGAUACCACCGCGGACAAGCUCUCCGCCCGUGCAGUUCCCUGUGUCUUCCUUGGCUUUGUCCCUGACGCGCCUGGUUGGCAGUUUUACCACCCCACCUCGCGCCGUGUCUUUGCGUCUCAGGACGUCACGUUCGAUGAGUCGGUUCCCUUUUACCGUCUCUUCCCCUACCGCACUGCCCCUCUCCCUCCCCCGCCGCUCUUCCUCGCUCCAGACCCUCCUCCCUUCCCUGCGCCGGUCGAGGUCACUGGUGACUCAGGUCCUACUGGGGGUGGUCCUGCUCGGGGUGCUACUUCUGGGGGUGCUGAGCCUGGGGGUGCGGAGCUUGAGAGUGUGGAGCCUGGGGGUGCUGAGCCUGCGUGUGAGGGGUCUGGAGGUGCUGGAGCUGGUGGUUCUGGGGCUGCUGAGGGUGCGGGCGCUGGAGGUUCUGGAGCUGCUGGAGGUCCUGGUGCUGGUGGCGCUGGAGCUGGUGGUUCUGGGGCUGCUGAGGGUGCGAGCGCUGGAGGUUCUGGAGCUGCUGGAGGUCCUGGUGCUGGUGGCGCUGGAGCUGCUGAGGGUGCUGGCGCUGAGGGUUCAGAGUCUGCUGUUGCGCGGUCUCCUUGGAGUAGCCGCCUUCGUCCCCGUGUGCCUCUCACCUCGCAGCAGCUGCACGACUGGUACGGUCGCCGUCAGGUUCGCGCUGCUGGAGCUCGGGGCUCUGCUGCUGGAGGUACUUCUGCUGACGUCCCUGGAGCUAGGAGUGGUGCUGGUACUUUGUCUACUGGAGGUGCUGGAGCCGCUAGACCCGGAGGUGCUCGUACUGGAGGUACUGGAGCUGCUGGGGCUGGGGGUGCUGCGUCUGGAGGUGCUGCUGCUGGAGACACCGAGGCUGGAGACCCUGGGACUGGAGGUGCUGGUUCUGGGGGUGCUGCUGCUGGAGGCACUGAGGUUGGAGACCCUGGGCCUGGAGGUGUCGGUUCUGGGGCUGGAGCUUCUGGAGCUGCUGGAGGUGCUGGAGCUGCUGGAGGUACUGGAGCUGCUGGAGCUGCCGACAGGUAG